AUGGAUAAAGGCAAUAGUGGAGAUACUAUAGGAGAUAUGAAAUGGAAAGAAAAUGUUCAAUCAAUCGCAAGAUUUUUAGCCCCAUUGAUCUUCACAACGUUAUCGUUUUACGUGCGAUUCAAGGACAUUGGAAAGAAUGACUAUGUAGUGUGGGAUGAAGCUCACUUUGGGAAAUUCGGGUCUUACUAUCUAAGGCACGAAUUCUACCACGAUGUACAUCCCCCGUUAGGUAAAAUGCUUAUUGCCUUGACGGAAUGGCUAGCUGGGUUCGAUGGUCAAUUUGAUUUUGACUCGAAUAAUGCUUAUCCGGAUUCUGUAAACUAUACACGUAUUCGUCAAUUGAAUGCAGUAUUCGGUGCAUUGUGCUCUCCGGUAGCAUACUUUACCUGUUUGAAUAUGAAGUUCAGCAUUUGGACUACCUAUCUCAUUACUUUAAUGGUGACAUUAGAGCAUUCUUUCAUCGUAUUGUCGAAAUUCAUAUUGCUAGAUUCAAUGCUGCUCUUCUUCACGAUGACAACAUUUGGAUGCAUGGUUAAACUAUAUACGCUUCGAGGAAAGAGUUUCACUAGGACAUGGUCACUUUGGAUGCUUUUAACAGGUGUUUCCAUUGGUUGUGUUUGUUCCGUUAAAUGGGUUGGUCUUUUUAUUACAAUCGUGGUUGGGCUGUUCACAAUUUCAGAAUUAUAUGAAAUGCACUGCAAAGGUGAGAAGAAAAAAUUGAAGCAUUGGUUAAUUAGAAUUAUCGAUUUGAUUAUCAUUCCAUUUUUAAUCUAUCUUUUCUGUUUCAAGAUCCAUUUUACACUUUUGUAUAAAUCAGGUACUGGCGAUGGUUCCACAAAUACGCUAUUCCAAAUUAAUUUAGAGAAUAAUAAGAUCGAAAAUGGUCCUAGAGACAUCGUUUUCGGCUCAAACGUCACUAUAAGAUCACAUGGCUUGAGUCCAAAUUUAUUGCAUUCUCACGUCCAAUCGUAUCCAGAGGGAUCCCAACAAAAACAAGUGACAGGCUACGGCUUUGCAGAUACCAACAAUAUGUGGGAAAUCAAAUUUCCAAGAGAAUCUUAUCCAAAACCGGCGAACAACGGAAGACCAAUUAAAUUGACAGAUAAAGCUGUGAUAAGACUUGGACAUAUUAAUACAGCUUGUAAUCUUCAUUCACAUGAAAUAUCUUCGCAUGUUUCUCGUGGCAACUUUGAAGUGUCAGGUUACGGUUCAGAGGUUGUCGGAGAUUCAAAAGAUAAUUGGGUGAUUGAAAUUGUUGAACAAUUGGGCUCUUCAAAUCCGAAUUUUCCAAAGGAAGAUUCAGACGUUGUUCAUCCUGUUUCAACUUUUUUUAGAUUGCGGCAUCAAGAUCUUGGUUGUUAUUUGACUUCAACAGGCUUUUCAUAUCCAGCUUGGGGUUUUAAACAAUCAGAAAUUGUAUGUAAAUAUUCAUGGAGUCACAGAGAUAAGUCGACUUGGUGGAAUGUUGAAGAGCAUUGGAAUGAGAAUUUACAAAUUUCACCAGAUUACGUGCCACCGAAAUCAAAAUUUUGGACAGAUUUUAUUCUAAUCAAUUUUGCUAUGGCUUCGUCAAAUAAUGCGUUGGUACCUGAUGGAGAUAAGUAUGAUAACUUAGCAACGAAAGCUUGGGAAUGGCCAAUUUUGCACACAGGACUAAGAAUGUGUGCUUGGACGAAUAACAUGACGAAAUAUUAUCUGUUGGGCUCUCCAUUCAAUACGUGGCUAUCAACAAUUUCAUUGUUUGUCUUCCCCUUCAUAACUCUAAAUUUGUUAAUUAGUUGGAAAAGACAACGAAUCAAUUUGAGCUCUCAUCAAGUUUGGCUCUUUGCCAUCCAGGGAGUUUUCCCAUUCAUUGCAUGGAUGACACACUAUCUACCAUUCGCUACUAUGGGCAGAGUUACUUACGUUCAUCAUUACGUUCCAGCAUUGUAUUUUGCAAUGCUAGUAUUUGGAUUCGUUGUUGAAUUUUCGUUAAGGAGAUCUAAUAGAUGGUUAAGGCAAAUAAUUUACAAUAUUUUAUUUUUUGGUUGCAUUUAUAUAUACUUACUUUUCUCUCCACUGUGUCAAGGUAUGACAGGCUCAGCAGCGAAAUAUUUUAAAUUACAGUGGUUUAAAAGUUGGGAUAUAGUUCUAUAA